CUCUCUGCUCUAUCUCAUGGCCGACGUUAGUUACCCAACAUUCCCCAUCUUCGCCUUCAUAGGUUUUGUCAUCGUCCUCGUACCGCUUCCAUGGCAUUUGCAAGCAUGGAACUCGGGAACUUGUCUGUACAUAGUAUGGACUGCUAUGGCAUGCCUCAAUCAAUUCGUAAACUCUGUUGUAUGGCAUGGUAAUGUCAUCAAUCACGCUCCAGUUUGGUGCGAUAUAUCUACUCGCCUUAUGAUCGGGAUUGCGGUGGCCAUUCCUUCCGCAUCGCUAUGCAUCAAUCGCCGCCUGUAUAAGAUUGCCUCUGUACAGACUGUUUCUAUCACUCGAAAAGACAAACAAAAAGCUGUGCUCAUUGAUAUGAUCAUUGGGGUAGGCAUACCAGUGACUCAAAUGGUGCUGCAAUACAUCGUUCAAGGUCAUCGUUUUGAUAUAAUCGAAGAUAUUGGAUGCUACCCGGUCACCUACAUCACGCCACCGGCAUUUGUCCUUGUCUUAGUUUGGCCUCUUGUCAUCGGUCUCAUAUCUGCUAUUUUUUGCGUGCUUACUUUGAAGGCAUUUCUCGAACGCCGCGCUCAGUUUAGCGAACUUCUUUUGACCCACUCGUCUUUGACCAUGACCCGGUAUUUUCGCCUCAUGGCAUUAGCAUCAGCGGACUUGUUGUGCACUGUUCCCUACAGCGCAUAUGGUAUAUACCUCAAUUUAAGGGACGUUCCCAUCAGCCCUUGGAAAGGAUGGGCCGAUACACAUUUCAAUUUCUCCAAGGUCGGGCAGAUUACUGCAGCUGCGUGGCACACAAAUCGCAACGUGGCGGUUGCUCUGGAGCUCAGUCGAUGGGUCAUUCCCGUCUGUGCCAUACUUUUCUUCGGGUUCUUUGGCUUUGCCGAUGAAGCGCAGAGAAACUAUAGCAGGGUCUUCGCGUUUUGUGUUUCGCGCAUCCCUUUCACCACUUCUGUCAAAAUCACAACCGCGAAAUCAAAAGCAAGACAUUACUAUAGAACAUCUGCAUCCCGAAUGACCGCUUCAGGGACCCUUCCUAUCUAUGUAUCUCGAACAUACCAGUCUCGGAAGAAUUCUGUCGACUCCUCCAUGGAAAACGCAAUAGUGCUUUCUCCUUGAGCUGGACGCCGUUUUCAUGUUCGGAUUCAACUUUUCCUGUUCCUUUUUGAUUCUGCUCCACUCUUCAUUUUUCCAUAUCGGUGAUCAGAUACUGUAGUCAUUUUAGCACUCCGAUAUUGAUUUAUUUUCAGACAACGCAUAGCGUCUUCUACGCUCUUAUUUCGCACUACUUCGUGUCCAUAAUGAAUGUUCGCAGUAAUUUCCUGUC